AUUUAUCAAUUCAUUUUUCAAACACAACGUAAAAUACUAUAUAUUUUAUAAUAUUUUGUUAUUUUAUAUUUUUAUCUCAUAGAUAUCGACAAGCAAGUCUUCCGGAAAAUUCUGUUACAGGUAAAGAGAUUCAUGAUUACAACUCUGUGACACAUAAUCAUCGAGUUGUAGAGUAUAACGUGUCAAACCACGUAUGUAAUUUAAAUAUAUUGAACUGUGUAUUAUAAAAUAAUUUUUCAAGAUGAUCACAGAUGUACAGUUGGCUGUAUUCUGCAACAUUCUUGGAGCGACAUUAUUUUGCUUAGUAUUUCUCUUUCACUACGUAUAUGCUAAUUAUUCGAAGUAAAAGAGUAACAUGUUGCUGAACAUAACCUUAAUCCGCUUCAUCAAACACUAAUGCAUAUAUUGAUACAUUAUGUAUUGUUUUUAAUACUGAUAAAUAUGGUUACUUAAAGUAAAUGAUAUCAUGUUGGUAAAUAUAUUGUUUAUAAAAUAAAAAAAUUUUAUUUUCUUCA